CCAAUGAAAAAUUCAAUCAACACUUUAGUUCAGUUGUGAAGAAAGUAUUACUUUUGAUCCAACAAUAAUGAAAGUGAUUCUUAUAAUUUUGGCAAUUUCGUCAUUGAAGUUUUCGAAUAUUGUUGUGACCUCAGAAGGCUUAGAAGAUUCUAAUGAAAUUUCUGGAAACAAUCAAAUGGGCUCAGGACCAUCUGUUGGAUCUGACAAAGACAAUGAUCCAAUAAAGGCUAUUCUAGCAGGAUUUUUUGGAUUGGCCAAAAAGGUGACCAAUGCAGCAAAAAACAUUGCAGAUGGUGGGAUCAAUGGACUUGAGAAUACUGCCAAAUAUGGUACACAAUUGACGGGGAAAUUAUCUGAAGUACUUCAAGAAGCGAACACGAUAUUUCAAAAAAGUCCCGAAAUGAUAAAAGAUAUAAUUUUUCCAAAUCCAUCAGCAGAAGCAGCACAAAAAAGAAAAUAAAUUAUCAUUUACAUUUAAUGUCUCUAUAAGUGAAGUUACCAAUUACGCUCCAAUUUAUUUCUGUGUGAUUUUCAUUGGACAGUUGAAGUUUUUUAAACAAUGUUCUGAUUAUACUUUCCAUCAUUCCUAGAACCUAAAUGAUACAUAAAGAAAUUCACAACUGAUUUUAUUACAAUUUACAACUCUAGUUUUACUUUUAAGUUUCUUUUUGAAUGUUACACUGAUUUUCCUUGAAGUUUAUAAAUCUAAAACUUUGUUAAUGAAAAAAAAUUUCUAUUGAUGGUUAAAAAAUGAUUAUUUUUAAGUUAACAACAGAUAAAAUAUGUAUUAAAAGUAGAUUGAAA